AUGGAUUCGUAUGAUAGUGAUUCAUCUGGCAUAGAUGAUGUCGGAGCCUACACCGAAACCAACGUACUUCUUGGAUAUGUAGAUGAAGAGGUUUCUGACGAUUCGAUCAGUCACCUUGGCGGCUGGCCGACAUGGCUCGACCCCAAGACCCCACCACCAGGCGACUUCGCCAAAUGUAAAGUCUGCAACAGCCCGAUGCCGCUUCUCCUGCAACUAAAUGGAGAUCUACCGCAACAUUUCCCUCACGAUGAGCGCUGGCUGUAUAUCUUUGGGUGCCCUAAGAAAGCCUGUAACCGGAAACCGGGAAGCAUAAGAGGCUUGCGCAGUGUAAAGAAGCAUAAAAUUGUCAAUUCUUCGCAACAAAUGCAAAAUAACCAACUGAAGAAGAUGGAUCAUGCACCACAGCCUAUGCCAGCAGAACAGGAGAAGCUCAAGCAAGAUCUGGGCGCCAGUCUGUUUGGUGCAGCGCCGUCCAACCAAGGGCAGUCAGCUAAUUUAAAUCCAUUUUCAACCACCUCAUCUCUCAGCCCAGCGAACCCCUUUGCUUCUCUCGACUCUCCCUCCAUCCUCGCCGCAAAGCCCCCUCAAAAGCCUUCUUCCCCUCCUCCAACCACCGAUUCCUUCCCCGAAAGCUUUGCCCAAAAACUCCGUGUCUCCUCCCCACCUCCACCAAAUCCCUCGAAGGGCAUGGCCGGUCCGCCGCUGCCAUGGCCACCCCAAUCUUCAUUCCCAAAGCCUUAUCCUCACUACCACCUCGAUGCAGAAUAUGAAACCCUCUCCCGCCCCUCAACCCCCGCAGUAUCAAACACGGCUGAAAGAAUGGCCAUUGAAGACGAUACAACAGGUGGUGUUGAGCCAAAAGAUACGUUCGAAUCCACCAUGGACAAAUCCUUCCUGCGCUUCUCUACCCGUCUAGGUCAUAACCCGGAGCAAGUCCUCCGCUAUGAAUUUUGCGGGACACCUCUUCUCUACUCAACCAGUGAUGUUGUGGGGAAACUGUUCUCCCACACUUCAUCCUCUGAGAAAUCAUCCCAUAUCAAAGUUGCCAGCAGCCGAACGGGGGGAAAUUACAGUAGAAUUCCCCGCUGCGAGUAUUGUGGGCGCGAACGCGUUUUCGAGGUCCAGCUUACCCCCCAUGCGAUUGCGGUGCUUGAAGACGGACGCGAGGGAAUUGGGCUUGGACCGAACGAUGAUUCGGGGAUGGAGUGGGGGACUGUGAUAUUAGGUGUUUGCGCUGCGAAUUGUGGCUUAGAGCAUGAGGGAUUGUUGGUGUGGAGAGAGGAGUGGGUUGGCGUCCAGUGGGAGGAAUUAGCUGCUGGGAGGUAG